AUGGCUUCAGCAGUCUCUCGAUCCUUCCUGCGCUCGUUCAGGCCAGCUGUACGGUCCGGGCCUGUCGCUACCCUGCGAUCACACCCCUCCCCACUCAUGAAAGUCUGCCGCGGGUAUGCCACUACUGCCGAACAACAGCCUCAUCUGCGUCUCGGGGUCACUGCGCCAAAUUUUCAGGCAAAGACUACACAUGGCGACAUCGACUUUCAUAAAUAUAUCGACAAUUCCUGGGCAAUCUUGUUCAGUCACCCGGCCGAUUUCACCCCGGUCUGCACAACGGAACUUGGGGCGUUUGCAAAGUUGAAGGAUGAGUUCGAAAAGAGAGGGGUCAAGAUGAUCGGGCUGAGCGCCAACGAUCUGAGCAGUCACGCCGAGUGGAUCAAAGAUAUCAACGACAUUGCGCAGACGAACUUGCAGUUCCCCAUAAUCGCGGAUGCUGAUCGGAAGGUGGCGUACCUGUACGAUAUGGUUGACCAGCAGGACUUGACGAACAUCGAUCAGAAAGGCAUUGCUUUUACAAUUCGGAGUGUGUUCAUCAUUGAUCCGGCCAAGAAGCUUCGGUUGAUCAUGCUUUAUCCGGCGUCGGUUGGCCGGAACACUGCCGAAGUUCUUCGAGUUAUUGACAGCUUGCAAACGGGCGACAAGAAGGGGGUUACUACACCCGUUGACUGGCAAGUCGGCGACGAUGUGAUUGUUCCACCCACCGUUUCCACGGCAGAUGCGCAGAAGAAAUUCACAGAUGUUCGUGAGGUCCGGCCGUACCUUCGGUUCACCAGUGGCAACACGAAAUGA